CAAGGCGCUUCCGGAUUGGUUCCUUCCCAGGGCCGGAAGGGGAGGGGCAAUGAGGAAGGGGGGGGUGCUGUCACGUGAGCGAGAUCACGUGACGCCGCGGCGGCAGCGACUCGCGGGCGGGCCUGCCCCAUGGCGUCGGGGCCGGAGCUGCUUCGCGCCGACGACACCGGCGAUGGGGGGAGCCCGUCGUGCCCCACCGCGCCCACAGCGACGGCCCCUGCCCCAUAGCGCCCCAUAGCGACGGCUCCUGCCCCAUAGCGCCCCAUAGCGACGGCCCCUGCCCCACAGCGCCCCCCGGGGCCCGCCUGAGCAUCGCCAUUCUCUGCUACAUCAACCUGCUCAACUACAUGGACCGCUUCACUGUGGCCGGCGUCCUCCCCGAUGUUGAGGAUUUCUUCAGCAUCGGCGACAGCAGCUCCGGGCUCCUGCAGACAGUGUUCAUUGGCAGUUACAUGGUGCUGGCGCCCCUCUGUGGCUAUUGGGGGGAUCGCAAGAGCCGGAAGCGGCUCCUGAGCCUCGGCCUUGCCCUAUGGGCGGCUGCGACCAUGGCCGGGAGCUUCGUGCCCCCCCAGGGGUUCUGGGCGCUGUUGCUGGCGCGGGCGCUGGUGGGUGCUGGUGAAGCCGCCUUCUCCACGGUGGCCCCGACCCUCGUGGCCGACCUGAGCCCCCCCGGGCCCCCCCGCAGCCGCGCACUGGGGGGGUUCUACCUGGCUGUGCCCCUGGGCAGUGGCCUGGGUUACAUCACGGGGGCAAAGGUCAAGGAGGUGGCAACCGAUUGGCGCUGGGCCCUGCGGGUGACCCCCGUGCUGGGGCUGGUGGCGCUGGCGCUGUUGGUGACCCUGGUGACCGACCCCCCCCGGGGGGGCACCGAGACCCCCCCUGGCACCCCCCUGACCCACAGCGCGUGGGGCAGCGACCUCCGGGACCUGCUCACCAACCGCUCGCUGGUGCUCUCCACGCUGGGUUUCACGGCCGUGGCCUUCGUGACGGGGGCGCUGGCGCUCUGGGCCCCCGCGUUCCUGGUGCGGUGCCGGGAGGCGACGGGAAGGGGGGAGCCCUGCCCCCGGGGGCACCGCUGCGAGAGCAGCGAGAGCAUGCUCUUCGGAGCUCUGACGGUGGCCUCGGGGGUGCUGGGGGUGGGGCUGGGGGCGGAGCUUUCCCGGCGCUGGAGCCCCCAUUGCCCCCGGGCUGAGCCCCUGCUCUGCGCUAUGGGGCUGCUGGGGGCUGCCCCCUGCCUGCUGCUCGCCAUCAUGGCCGCCCGGCCCAGCCCCACGGCGGCCUAUAUCUUCAUCUUCCUGGGGGAGUCGCUGCUCAGCCUCAACUGGGCCAUCGUGGCUGAGAUCCUUAUGCACGUGGUGGUGCCCACACGUCGCUCCACGGCCGAGGCGCUGCAGAUCAUCACCUCCCACCUGCUGGGGGACGCCGGGAGCCCCGUGCUCGUGGGGGCGCUCAGUGAUUGGCUGCGCUCCUCCGCCGGCCCCGCCCCUUCCUCCCUGGCGGCCGCGCGCGCGCUGGGGCUCGCGCUCCUGCUCUGCCCCUUCGUGGCCGCGCUCGGGGGCGGGGCCUUCCUGGGCACCGCCUCCGCCUUCCCACGUGACCGCCGGCGCGCGCGGCUACUGGCGCGGGGUCUGGACCCCGAUGACGAGGACCUCGAGGACCCCGAUGACCUCGUGGUGCCACAGGGGGGGCGCCCCACCAAGGUGCCCGUGGCCCAUGUGCUGUCCUGACCCCCAUCUAUGGGGCCCAGACCUAUAUCAGUGGGGCACAGACCCACAUCUACGGGGCACAGACCCACAUA